AUGGCAUCGCCCGCAAUGGAAUCACCUCAAGGCCAAAAGGAGACCUGCGACGCCCUGAUGCGUUGCGAGUACGAGAAGGAAAACACAAAGGCCUUCGAGUGCUAUUCCAAGACCGCUCCCGAGCAGUCUGUUAUUCUGAAUACCAUCGGCAAUAACGCGACUGACCUCAACAAACAGCUCAUCGCGGAGCUAGCUCUCAUUGACUUCGAUCUCGAUGUCUGCCAAACCACGGCCGAGAGGGUAUACAAGGAGGACUCUGCCGACAGCUUUGAGGAGCUGAAUGCCUGCUUGGAGAACGAUAACUGGUCCCAACCCACUACCACUGUGUCCAAUUGAAGAAUUGUUGGGGCUAGCUUUAUAAAAAUAAGCCAGACCUCACCUCACAACUUUUCAAUUAAUUCUGUAAUAUUUCUCUGAUACGAGGCUGUGUCUCAUAACCACAUACAUACUGUAUGUAAUUUAUAGCCUACAUAUGUAUGUAUGUAUGUACAUAUAAUACAAGAAUGUGCAGAAAAAAUAAAGCAUCGAUGAUAACAUUGA